CCUCCAGAGUCCUCAGUGUCUCUGUAUGAGCUUAGCUUCGGAACAGUCGCUGGAAUAUGUGCUGGUGUCUUCAUCAAGAAGGGUGCAAAAGCUGUAGCAUUUUUCCUUGGCGGUGUAUUUGUGCUGCUGCAGUAUCUUGGUUCGUUCUCCAUCCUUCGCGUUGAUUGGGCGCGUAUGGGUCAUCGAUUUGAAAGAGUGUUCUACACAACCGAUACGACUGGUACCAAGAGAGCUCCAACAAUCUGGACGGCCUGGAAUUGGCUUGUCGAUUUUUUGACCGCGGAUUUUCCGCCGCGAGCAUCUUUCCUGGCAGGGCUUGCACUGGGCUUGAGGAUAGGGUAG